AAUAUAAGUUUCUAGUGUUUAUUUAAAAACAACUGAAUAGGAGAUAAAUUAAUUUUUUGAAAUGAUUUCUAUACGUAAUCGUAUUCAUAUCAGAUUAUUUGUAGUCUUUGCAUUAGUUUGUUUGUUUAUAGUACUAUUGUGGUAUUCACCUGUGCCAGUUUUAUCUAGUCAGCUUCACGGAGGGGCCCUGAUGAAAGUGGUUGUAACUGUGUACUAUGAGGCGUUGUGUCCAGACUCAAAGUAUUUUCUUACUAAGCAACUGCUGCCAACAUUUAAGAUCGCUAAAUCGAUUAUGGAGGUUAAGCUUGCACCGUAUGGCAAGGCGAAAACGAAAGAGCACAACGGUAAAAUUACUUUUGACUGCCAGCACGGUCCUAUCGAAUGCCAAGCUAACAUUUACCACGCUUGUGCUGCUGAGAUAAUUGAAGACCCCCUACUGCGAUUGGAAGUUGCAGCCUGCAUGAUUAUGGACAAUCACUUACCCCAAGAAGCCAUGAAAAAAUGCACAAAUCAAAUCAAUUUUGACGAUAGCGUCAUCCAAAAUUGUUUUGAAAGUAAUCGUGGUGUGGAUUUGCUUAAAGAAAUUGGAGAAUCAACUAAUUCACUAAAACCUCCUAUUACGUUUAUUCCAACAAUCACAAUAGACGGCUCUCAAGGAAGGCAAGAAUCAAUAUUAAAAGACUUACUUUCUGAAGUGUGUAAAGCAGCUGGAGACUCAGGAGAAGUCAAAGAUAUAUGCAAAAUUUAAAAAUAAAAACUGGUACUUUUGCUUUAAACUUUCUGUACUUGCUCGAAAAAAAGAAAAUGUGAAUAAAUAUAAAAUUUUAGAAUA